AGUGACGUCACACACUCCUGUGUGGCGGCAUGCGCCUUCAAGCUGUUUGCGACCCACCAUUAUUCUGGCAGAAGAAGAAGAAGAAGGCGGGGGCGGAAGUGGAAUAAGAAACAUGGCGGCGUCCUAUGUCGAUACAAUCAGGGCAAACCGGUUACAGUCACAGAAACCUCCUCCAUGUCUCCAGUGACGCGGACGCGUCGUUACUAUGUGGACUAGAGGCCGGGCAGCAGGAGCCGCUCUGCGGCGCGGCUGCACGCGGCUCCCCGGCCGGCUCGUGUCCUCGGCCGGACCCCCGUGGAGGCUCCUGUUCUUCGGCUCGGACCACUUUGCCGUGGAGUCUCUCAAACACCUCGCAUCCAGCAGGAGCUCUAAUGGAGGGGUAGUGGAGUCCCUGGAAGUCGUCACUUUGUCCAGGGACGUCCCAGUGAAGAGGUUUGCCCAACAGCACCACAUACCGGUCCACAGCUGGCCCCCCCACAAUGUGGAUGGACGGUUUGAUGUUGGGGUGGUGGUAUCUUUUGGCUGUUUACUCCAUGAGAGACUGAUCAACAAGUUUCCACACGGCAUUUUGAACGUUCACCCCAGCCUGCUGCCUCGGUGGCGAGGUCCAGCACCCAUCUUCCACACCAUCAUGCAUGGUGACACCGUGACGGGGGUCACCAUCAUCCAGAUCCGCCCUCACAGGUUUGAUGUGGGCCCCAUUCUCAACCAGGAGCUCUAUCAGGUCCCUGAGAACUGUACUGCUGAUGAGCUUGGAGCUGCCCUAGCCACUAAGGGAGCACAUCUGCUGAUUGAUACGUUCAUGACACUGUCCGAGAGAAUAGCACAUAAAAGGGAGCAAAGACAGACAGGAGCAACCUUUGCCCCAAAAGUCCAUCCCUCCAUGAGCUGGAUGGUGUGGGAGGAACAGACCUGUGACCAAGUGGACCGUCUGUAUCGUGCCUCCGGAUCCCGGGUAAGGAGGACUGUUCAUGGGCCAUGGAGACGUCUGAAUACCUGUCAUGACGCUUCUCUCUGCCAACAGAUGCCAUUGAGGACCACAUGGAUGGGCAGGACAAUACAACUUCUGGAUUUUGUAGGAAAAUGUCACAUUUCAUUAUUGGAUGAGAAGAGGAAACCGGUGCCUGGUUCAGUGAGCUACCAGAAGGAGUCCAGCACACUGGCGGUCUGCUGUAAGGAUGGCUGGGUGGGGUUCAAGGCAGUGCUCCUGAAAAAGAGGCUGACAGCGAGUGACUUCUAUAAUGGCUUCCUGCACCAGGCGCUGCAGAAGAGAGCUCGUCACCAGCCGGCUGCAGCACUGUUUGUCAGCCCGGCAGCGGGAGCACGUCAGAGGGGGAACUCCACCAAUCAUGUUCUCCCUGGGUGAACACGUAGGCGUGUCAUUUAAUGUAGAGAAUGUGCUACUGUUGUCUGUUUUAAGACAUCUGCAUGUACAGUUCAUACAUAAAUGUGCGGUUGUCUGGGACAACCAUGAACUCAUGUCUAUUUAAACUAAGGCAGUACACAAUGGAUGAGGAGUUAUUUACUCUGUAAUCAUUUAUUAAAUACUAAAUUGACACACAAA